AUGCAAAUGUCUCAUCACAUAACAACGUAUGCUACAGCAAAUGCUAUUACAGAACACCAACAAAGGGAAUACGUUCCUGAAUGGCCUCAAAAAGAAAAAAUAGCAACUGCAAAACUUCAACUGUUAGAAUCACAGAAAAAAGUACAGAAGUUGAAUGAUGAUGGCGAAGAUAACAGAGAAGAAUGGAAUAAUCAGUGUGACUUUUUCCUUUCUAUACUUGGUUAUGCUGUUGAUUUGGCAAAUGUUUGGAGAUUUCCAUAUGUUUGUUUUACAAAUGGUGGAGGGGCUUUCCUGAUUCCCUAUUUUAUCGUUAUGAUUUGCAGUGCAACACCAAUGUUCUACUUGGAAUUAAUCUUAGGACAGAAACAUCGCCAUGGAGCUAUUUCUCUCUGGGAUAUAUGUCCGCUGUUUCGAGGUGUUGGUUUAGCUCAGGUGACAAUCUCCUACAUAGUUGCGUUUUAUUACAAUACUAUAUCUGCUUGGUCAUUACACUUUUUAUUAGCAUCGAUAACUGAUAUCCUACCAUGGACUUAUUGUGAUCAACGAAGGGGCAAUAGUAUUAACUGUGUGAACUUCUCAUACCUACACAAUGUGUCAGUGAAUGCAUCUAGUGGGAACGGGUUAUUACAAUUACAAAACUACAGUCUUGCUUCAACUGAAUAUUUUGAACGUGUGGUACUAAAGUUGCAAGAAAGCAACGGCUUAGAAGAUCUUGGACCAAUGAGGUGGCAACUGGCAGGAUGCACAGUAUCCAUAUUCUGUAUACUUUAUGCUUCAAUGCGUAACGGCGUCAAAACAUCGGGGAAGGUUGUCUACGUAACAGCAAUACUUCCAUACUUCCUAUUGGCUAUUCUUCUAUUCAACGGGUUAACACUGGAUGGUUCAUAUGAAGGGAUUUGGUACUUUAUAAGACCACGCUUUGAUAAACUAUCAGAAAUGACGGUAUGGGCGAAUGCAGCUAUUCAAAUAUUCUUUUCAACUGGAGCAGGAUUUGGUGCUCAUAUCGCUUAUGCAACUUACAAUCCAAGGAAAUACAACUGUUACAGAGACUGUCUGAUUACAUCGCUUGUUAAUGCCUUGACAAGCAUGUUCGCUGGUGUCACUGUUUUCGCUUAUCUUGGUUACCUGGCUCAUCUUACACACACAUCAGUACAAACCGUUACAGGAGAAGCAUGGUUCUAUGGGAUGGAUGAACUAUGCCAAGAUAUAAAAUCGAUGAAUCUUCCCACCCCUAAUAUAUACUGGAGAUUUUGCUGGAAAAUAUUAACACCUAUUACCUUGAUUGUGAUGAUAGUUAGUUCUGUAAUAGACCCAACACCAUUACAGUACAAUUAUGGUGCAAAACAUCCAGAACUACUAACCAAUAAUACAGAAGUGGUAAAUAUCACCUUACAUGGAACUUCCCAAUUCUAUAGCUAUCCAGAAUGGUCAAUUUAUUUAGGUUGGGUUAUGAGUGGAGUAUCGAUUAGUAUGAUUCCAUUGGUAUUCUUCAUUGUACUCAUAAGAGAUGGUAUUAAACUGGAGGUUACUAAAGCCUUUUCAGUGGGACCACUUGAUGUAUGGCCCUUCAAGCAGUGGAAUCAAGCAUGCAAUUCGACUGCUAAUGAGCAAAAAAGGGUAUGCCGAAAAUAUACUGCUGAAAUCGAGUCGGAUAAAAACAUCAGAGGAAAUCACCUUGUACUAUCACAAUCACAAAAUCAAAUCAUCCCACAAGAACUGCAAAUGACUCAAUCAAGAAUCAGCGUUUAG